UAAAAUUCAAGGAUAACUGCUGAAUGUGAUUUUGAAGCGAUCUCUGACUGAAUGUCAGUAUAGUAUCAGUGAUCAUGGACUUGUGGUCAUGUUGUAGUGUUUAAUACGUUCAAAUAGUGGACGGAUUUUUUGGACAAGUGGUCGAGUGACGUGAUUUAAUUGUGUAUCGAUUACGAAAAACAUGAUUUUAUACUUAAUUCUGUGAAUUUCAGGCUGUUUUAAUUCAUUUUUGAGUACUUUUCACCAGUUUUUUUCGUCGUAGUAAACAUGGCUUCAAGUGUAAUUCAAACUGCCAACUUUGUUAUCCGACUGAUAGCAGCUGUACACCUGUUAAUUGGCCUUUAUGGCAUGUGCCAAGUGGUUAUUCCGGUGCAUGUGCUGCCAAUUGAUUCAGCUUUCAGUGGAAAAUUCAAAUAUCUUACUUUUUGGAGCUUGUGUUUGGAAACGGUGUAUUUCUGGUUCGCUAUUGUCGAUAGUUUAUUGGUAUCCGAAUCCAGCGAUAACGAAAAGAAACCGCUGAGGAAGAUCAGGGAUCAUUAUUUCUUAUCUCUUGUGUUUCCAAUGUCGUCGUUUGUAACGGUCACCUUCUGGGUAUUGAUGACCAUAGACCGUAAAUUGGUUAUGCCAAAAAGUUUUGAUCCAUUUUUCCCAUCUUGGCUGAAUCAUUCUGUCCAUACGGUCGUUAUAAUUUAUGCACUUUUAGAACUGUUGACCAGUUAUCACAGAUGCUCGCAGACCAUUUAUAAACAGUGCGUUGCUUUGUGGAUUGUCACAAUCGCAUAUAUGAUAUGGUGCCACGUCGUUUACUACAAAACCAACUUAUGGGUUUAUCCGAUUCUAAACGAACUUUCUUUCCCCUUCCGGAUGUUAUUCUUCUUGGGAUGCCUAUUAUUAUCGACAGUAUUUUUAAUCAUCGGAUUCCACGCAAAUAAUAUCAUUUGGAAGAGAAGAAUAGAGAUCAAAUCGAAGAAGCAAAAAAAGAUAAGAUAAAAGCAUCCAGUAACGCGAGGCAAUAUCUACCUAUUCAUCAUCUAAAAAUUUCGAAACAGGUGGUUUUUUAGUUAAUAAAUGGAGAAUGGCCAGUCCACGUCGGAGUUAUUUUAUUUUAUUGAUUUUUCGUUUUAAAAAUGUCGUUGUGAUUUCAUUUUUGUUGUUGUGUGUUAAAUAUAAAUUUUGGUUUUGUAUUACAA